AUGCUUUCCUACACUUCCAUCUUUCUCAUCUCCCUCGCCGCCAUCGGCUCCCUCGCAGCUCCAGCCAAGCGCGACGGCAACUGGCACGACCAAGGCCUCACCGCCUCCGAAGCCGCAUCAGUCGCCGCCGGCUACGGCCAACUCAUCCGCCAAUACUCCACCGACCUCGCCAACCAACUCCUAACCCCCAACUUCACAGACUACUCCGAAGGCGUCAACACCCUAAUCAACUCCUGUCCCCAAGGCCCCUCAGCCCAACCGCUCCCUCUCCUCUCCGCAACUUUCUCCACCCGCGCCCAAUUCGAGCAAGGUCAAGGCGAACAACCUCCCAUCAACUUCGAACAGCUAAAUCUCUGGUAUAAUCCCAACUCCGUCACAAUCCGUUGGAAAACCACGAAUACCGUCAAUCUCACUGAUGCGAAACCCGUCAUCGGGUUGAUUACUAUGGAAGUCGUCAAGGCUGUUGAUAGUACUGUAUACCCAUACCAAAUCAGUACGGUUUACUCGGAAUUCGAUUCUGGCGCUUGGUUGCAGAAUUUGCAGGAGGCUGGGAUCUGUUCUGGUUCGAACGUCGAGCCUGUUCCGAAUCCUGGGGCUCCUGCUCCUACUGCUACCUACUCGGCUCCGGCUAAGGAUGCUCAGCCUACACCUCCUGUGGUCACUGAGAUCGCUACGGCAUACACCACCGCUUAUGCUACUGAGACUUGCACAGAGACUGCGGCUGCGGCUGCGACUUGGAGAGCAAGAUUUAUGGUGUAG